ACCCAUCCUCGUCAAAGAUCGCCUCUUGAAAGCCGGUAUUUGGAGGCCAAUCAACCUUAGCACGGGAGAGUAUCGAGGCAAUUAAAAAUUGACAUUAUGAAGUACCACAGUUUCUGUUUUGCCGUGUUAUCGUCGGCCACAACGAUCAACGCGUUUGCUCCGACAUCACUCUCUCGCAAUCCAAACAAUGCAGUGCAGCGGCCAGCUUCUUCCUCGGCAUCGCGUACAGUGCUAGAUAUGUCAUCGUCCAUCGUUGUCGUUUCCCCCCCUGGUGGAGUCGGAGAAGUUGCCGCCGUCAAGGCGGCUUGUCUUGGAUCUUCGGUUCGUUGGUUUGUGGUUUCUGAUCCAGGAGAGGAUGAUAAUUCUUCUUCUGGGUCCUCCGUGGUCUCGUUGGCUCCACAAGCCCUACGAGAUAUUGCAGAUGCUUCGGGAAGUCUCGAGUUGGCUGGAGCGACAGUUAAAGAUCUCACGAAAGGGGGAGAAAGCGAACGUUCGGCUGUUUCUCGGUGGUGCGGGUCGGCAGAUGGAUUGAUCUGUACAUACGAUGGAGCUGAUGAAGGUAGCAAUGGUGACCCGAAAGGCUUUCGCGCUGCGCUCCGGGCGGCUACUAUGGAAGCCUCCAAAGCUGUUGCUGGUCCUCAAGUGGCGGUCCUAGCCGCCGAAGAAGAUCUGGAAGACAACAACGCCGAAAAUAGUUCCAACGACGCUGAAGGCGGUGGGAUAUCAAAUUUGGUAGGUUCCAUCUUGGGUGGAGGUUCUGCAUCUGUCCCCUCCACUUUACCAGGAUGCAUUUCUACCGCCAAAAGCGAAGAUAUUUGUGUGGUGCGUCACGGAGAGCUCUUCGGGAUUCCCGAAUCAUCUCCAGAAUUUUCGCCACUUAUCGGUGGACCGAGAGUUGAACCGGCAAUCACUGAGGAAUACACCAUGCGAACGGUUCGUGUAGACCCUUUUAUAGUCUCUGGGAAUGUCAUGGGAUCUUCCUCUCAACUGAAGUCGUGCCGCCAUUCCGUGGGAGAAUCUGCAGCUCUAUUUGCUACAAAGAAUUUAUCCAUUUCCACCAGCUCAGAUUCUCGUUCACCCGCCGUGAUUAGUAUUUCGUCGCAAUCCGGUACUGAUAAGUGGACAUUGGAACAAUGGAAGGAGGAAUUGGAGCGAGUUCAGGAACUUGUGGACAGUGGAAAAGCUUCAACACUAUUUAGCAGUCAAGAUAUGAUCGUCGAAGAUACAGAAAGACUUGCCGAUUGGUUGGCCUCGAAAUGGGCACCCGCAGUAAUGAAAACAUACGAUAUUGCUGCGAUUAGAAUCGGGGGUCGGCCCGUUUCCGCAAUGCGUUCUGGAGAAGGGCGCGUAGAUAUUACUUGGCAGGAGCUUGUUGAUUUUAAUUCUGUCACCGUAGGAAAGAUGAUUUUACAGGUCAACGAAGACGGAAUCACCGCAACCCGUGGUCCGGGGGAUGCAUCAAAGGGCUACGGUGCUAUUAGUACUUUGCCUUUGAACGGAGAAGAUGUUCUAGUCCGACGAUUAGCCGAGGCAGCUUCUCAAGCAAUAGACAAAGGGCUGGCAAAGAAAGUGCGGAGAAAGAAAGCUGCCAAGGCGGCUGUCGAGGCCCCGAAACCGGUAUCAAGUUUGCAGUCUGCUGGAACUGUUGAAGCGAAACCGACGCCUCCUGCAGAACCAUCUGCCGGUCCGAGACAAGCUGGCGCUCGUCGAUCAACCCCUCGAUCACGUGGUAGCAAGAAACAGUAGCUUCUUUGUGAUGGUUGUUCCAUUCUCUUUUUGAACGCGAUUGAUUUCUUUCCCUUUGGUUAGAUAUGAUCUUUUUAUA